AUGGUACGUCGCCAAAGCUGGAACCUGGCUGCUGCAGAUACCCUUACCGCUAUCUGGGUCGGCAUCAACGACGAGCCGCCCAUCGACACAAGUCUGCAGAGAUACCUAGAGUUGCUGAAAAUCUCCUACACCAACGGCCUUAGAAGAUUCAUCCUCUUCACGUUACCUCGUAAGUCUUGUUGUCCUCGCUUGAGGAACGAGAGCCCAUUUAACACAUGGCCCGAGGAGGCACAGGACCUCCUCCGCAGCUACAACACUGGUGUCUGGAGGAUUCUGGAGGAAUUGAAGACGUGCAAGCACGAACGUGAGAGGCCAGGUCUUCGACACCGCUCUGGCGUUCCGAAAGGCGCUCGAGAGCCCGGAGAUGUAUGGUGCCCGAAUGCGACCUGCUUCGAUAGCAACGGGGUGAGCUGUCUUUGGGCUGAAUAUUAUUUCUAUCCUGGUGUUGCUAUAUAG